AGCUCAAUGGUUAUGUUUAUAUGUCUGUAUUAUUUACGCUGCUCCCCCGAAGUAUUAUAACUCGUGAUGAUUAUGCAAUGUACUGCUGGAAGUGGCGACAGUAAAGUAAGGUAGCCCCAGAGGAGGUAUCGUAUAGUUUUAGCUAAAAUAUGUUACAUCCACAUACUCUUAUUUAGCGAAGUAAGAUAGUAUAGCGUUACAAAAAAAGGAGGAACCAAACAAGAAAAGUACAUAAAAGGCAUCAUGGACCAGUCAUCAUACCGUUUGCUGCAGAUUCUGUCCUUGGCAUGUCUGGCCUGUAGGCUCACUUCUAGUUCUUUCAAAAACUACGGAACAAUAAUCCCACAAUCUCCAACAGUGGAAAUUGGGAAGGAAUUCACCGCUACCUGUGUAGUCUAUGAAGCUGCUAAAGCCACAGCGGAUGACAUCUACUGGACGAGUGGUGGCGUCAUAGUGCCCAAAGAGCAGUACACCAAGAUCAACGACUCAGCUGUUAACGUAACCAUAACUAUCACCAGGGAAACUGGAAAAUGGCUACUUUGUAAAAAGAAUGAGUCUCCCUCAUCCUUAAACAAAAGUAAAACAAUCCACGGGAUUGAAUUGACCAAAGGGUAUCCUCCUGAGAAGCCUGAGAAUUUGUCCUGCAUGGCUGUCCAGUUCGACCGACAGAUUUCCUCCAAUGUGACGUGCACAUGGCAGCCUGGGAAAAUGGACGAGAAGAUAAGCACAACAUUCACCUUGUUUGGAAGUGUAAUUGCCGUAAACCAGAACUACAGCACAAAAGCUCAGAGAAGCAGUGGAUGCAUCUACUUUGGCAACUUUCCAAACUAUAUGGAACUGGAUAUAUGGGUAGACGUGGAAAACAAUUUGGGGAAGGUUCGAUCGGACAUUCUGUUCAUAAUUGAUCCGAAUGAAAUGGUGAAAACGAAUCCCCCAUUAGACGUCAAUAUUAUUUCAGAGAAGAACUUUUCCAGGACCCUCUUAGUGAGCUGGAAGCACCCUAUCCAUGAAACUGUUGUCAAACUGAAAUACAACCUCAGGUUCUGCACUGUGGGCUCUGGAGACUGGACUGAGGUACCCCCAAAUGACACUGAAAGUAGCAAGGAGUCUUUCCGUCUCCAAUACCUUAAGCCAGACAUGGAGCACGUAGUGCAGGUCCGCUGUAUGCAUCACACGGGCUACGGCUACUGGAGUGACUGGAGCGCGAACUCUACCGCCAGGACCCCAGAGGACAAGCCUACAAGUAAACCAGACCUAUGGAGAGUGGUCAUUCCCAGUCAAGGCAAAAGUGAGCGGCGAGUGGAAGUGAUAUGUAAGGAUCCAGUGGAGUCCAAUGGAAGGAUACGAGGCUACAACAUCAAGAUCCAAGAUGGAGCCUGGGAGGUUGUGCCGGUCAAUGGCUCUGAGCUGAACUCCAGGUCGCAGGAGAGGAAAAUUAUCCCCCUUUACCAGAUUCCACUGUCUGACAGGAGAAGAGGCUCCAUUGAAUUGAAGGCCUGGAAUUCUGUUGGCGAGUCUCCCCGAGCUUCUUUGGGCAUUCCUAAAUUGGCCCACGAGCCCCCUCCAGUGGCAUCGCUCAGUUGUUUUAACCAGGACAGGAGGCUGUGGGUGGAGUGGCAGCCGCCCAAUGUGGAGGCCACAGGGGUGACUGAGUAUGUCCUGGAGUGGGGUUUGGUCAGUGACGGAGCGAUAGACUGGCAGAGAGAACCUAGACACAACAGGAAGGCACCCAUUAAAGGUACCCUUCAGAGAUUUAAGCUCUACAAUAUAUCUGUGUAUCCCAUGUACUCUGGGUGGACUGGGAAACCAUUAACCACUGCAUGCUUUCUGGAACAAGGAGCUCCACUGGGGGGUCCCUCUGUGAAAGUGAGGAGAACAGGGAAGAGCAACGCUGAGGUGGAAUGGAUGGAGAUUCCGCUGGACAAACGGCGAGGCUUCAUCACAAACUACACAAUAUUCUACAUCACGGGAGGCAAGGAACACUCAAUAGUUGUCUCCCCGGACACCUACUCUUACACAGUGGAGGGCCUGGCCAGCAACAGUAAGCAGGUGGUGCGGAUCAUGGCCUCUACAGUACAAGGCUCGACAAAUGGCUCGGCCCUGUCGUUCAAUACUCUGAUGUAUGCUCCUGGGCAGAUGGAAGCCACCGUGGUGUCUGUGUGCAUCGGCGUCCUGUUUGUCAUAGUGCUAACUGUGUCCCUCUGCAUGUACAAAAUUGACUUGAUAAAAAAGAUCUGGCCACCGGUUCCAGAUCCCUCCAACAGUACUAUCGCUAACUGGUCGCCUGAUUUCCCCACCAAAGCUGUCAGUCCCAAGGAGAGUGUGCUGGGCGACGUGAGUGUGGUGGAGGUGGACGUAUUCGACAGGAAGUCGCUGUGCGAAGAGGAUAAGGCGGGCCUGCCGCUCAAGAAGGACAAGUACCUGUCGGAGGAGCACAGCAGCGGCAUUGGCGGCUCUUCUUGCAUGUCGACGCCACGCCAGAGCGUCUCGGACAGUGAGGAAGGCGGUGACUCGGGCCAGACCACGACCAGCACCGUCCAAUACUCGUCGGUGGUGGCCUCCAACGGCUACAAGGGCCAGUCCCCUUGUACUCUGCCCCAGUCCCCCUGCACUCUGCUCCAGACCCCCCAGUGCGGCUCCUCACAGUCCCAGACGCCCAGCUUCGCCCGCUCUGAGUCCACCCAACCCCUGCUGGACAGCGAAGAGAGCCAGGAGGGCAGUGGUCAGUCCCACCAGCGGAACCCCUACUUCAGCCGUUCACCUGUGGCUAGCAAAAGCAGAGACCCGAGGGACAGGAACCAGCUGGAGAUGGAGGAGCAGGGGUUGGCUUCGCUCCGGUUCUGCCCUCUGGAGGAGGGGUCACAACAGACCACGCCCACAGAUGAGGGACAGUCCCCUGACGAACAGCCAGGCCCCGUUCCUAGCUAUAUGCCUCAGCUGAGGGGCCACAGGCAACCGUGUUAGGAGAGGAGAACAAAUGGUGACUUUAGUUCGAAGUCGUCUCACUUCAUUCAUUUAUCCCUCCUUUGUGCCUUGGUUCAUUUCAGACAUUCAUUUAUCCCUCCUUUGUGCCUUGGUUCAUUUCAGACAUUCAUUUAUCCCUCCUUUGUGCCUUGGUUCAUUUCAGACAUUCAUUUAUCCAGCCUUUGUGCCUUGGUUCAUUUCAGACAUUCAUUUAUCCAGCCUUUGUGCCUUGGUUCAUUUCAGACAUUCAUUUAUCCCUCCUUUGUGCCUUGGUUCAUUUCAGACAUUCAUUUAUCCCUCCUUUGUGCCUUGGUUCAUUUCAGACAUUCCGUUCAAGAUUUCAAAUGAUUAAUUACGUCGGCAUAUUAUUUUUGCACCCAUGAACUUCCUACAGACAUCCUAACUUGCCUCAUUAAAUCUCUUUUUAAGUGGAUGACAGUUUGCCUCCAAGCCUUCAGCUUGUAUGUGGAGUUUUUGUUUUAACAUUCCAAGAAGCAAAUAGACCACUUUUUCAUGUUAUAAUCAGUGUAAUACAUGUGAUUCUGAGGUGCUGUAUCUUAUAGUUAAGACUAGACGGGCAGUGUAUAACAUCUUUUCUCUUAGCAACCACCAUCUCAAUCAGUUCACAUGACAGACAGGAGUUUAUAGACACAGGUCAGGCAUUACUAAUCAAUGAUGAACAUCUGAUUUUCAUCUUUACAACGCAUAUGCUGUACAUGAAUGUAAUUAACAGAUCUCGUCGGUCUCAAACAGCAAUGUCCCAGAGGAGCUAGGCACCAAACAGUAGAAAACAGGGAGGAGCUACAAGGACCUGUCCAAUAAGAAAUGCUCAUUUUCGCUAGUUGGCCCUAAUGAAGAUGACUGUUCCCAGGAUGGUAGAUUGAAUGGUAAAGUGUUCCAGUGUGGCAUAUUUUCUUUUUUCUUCAUAGUAACUAGGACCAUGUCUAUGGACUGAAGUAAUGCCUCACAAUGAAAAGUUUACUCAAUUUAAAAGCCUCUUCAGUAGCUAGUGAGCUUUGUACUGUUUAUCAUUCGUUGUGUUAGCUUCACCUGUCGUCUGAAGAGCAUAGUCUAGAAGUGGGCGCUGAUCUCUACAAACUGGCCAAGUUGAAUUUAUAGUGCAUUUGGAAAGUACUCGGACCCUUUCUCCACAUUUUGCUAUGAGACUCAAAUUGAGCUCCGGCGCAUCCUGUUUCCUUUGAUCAUCCUUGAUGUUUCUACAACUUGAUUUAUUGGGCAUCAUUUGGCAAGGUGCACCCACACCUGUCUAUAUAAUGUCCCGAAACAAAAUGUGGGAAAAGUCCAGGGGUCUGAAUUCUUUCCGAAUGCAGUGUAGAAUAGAAAAGAGGACUUAAAGGAAGCCAACAUGUGACACUAACCAAUACAACAGGACCCCUUGAAAUAUGCUACACUAGUCAGUAUAUGACUGGUGACAUGGCGUCAUUUCAGGUAGGGAAUCAGUAGAAAAACUGUUUGACAAAUGUAUAUUUGCCUUUUUACAAUGCCUUAAGAAUUUUUAUUCGAGGUCUACUUGACAUGCCGUUUUGAAUUCUGCUCCAAGUCAUCUUUAGACUUGAUCUGUUGCCAAAGACCUUAAUACCCAGGAAUUACAAAAUGUUUCUUCUAUGUAAUUACUAUUUUUGUUUUUAAAUACAAUAUUUAUUUUAUUUUAAAUUGAUCCUUUAAUAAGGACAUUGUGGUUAAAUUUAACGAAAGGUAAAGCAGUGCUAUGCAAGUUCCCUGUCCAUCUGGUUCCAGGUCAGAUUUUAGAGAGAUUACUGGUACAGUAUUAUAUGUACUGAAAAGGAAGAUUGUAUUAUUUCUUACAGGUAUAUCUUUUUAUAUGAAUUAGUUUGUUUGUUUUGUCAUGAAAAUAGUUUGUUUGGAAUGUACAGAUCUCAACUGGACCUCCAAAUGAGUUUCUACAGCAAGGAGUAUGCUCGGAAAUUAAUGUACGUUUACCUACAUUUGAAUGUUGCUACUUAUGAAAACUAUUCUGACAUCACUCAGUUAACACUACAUUUCCAUUGUAUACAGAGAACAGCCUAGUAUUUCACUGCAUGCAACCAUAACAUACACCCUUUUUGGAGCAGUCUUAAGUAUGAAAUAAACUAGUUUAAAUGCC